AUGCUUUACUUUCUCUGCACUCAACCAACUUAUACUUUUGCCCUAGCUUGUCUCAAACUCAUAACUUGUAGUGUGCAAUCUGGUCCUUGUGUUCGAUACCCGUUUACUACUUCUGACCUGUGCACUUGCAGAAUCAGGGAUAGGAAAGGGGAAGACCUGAUCCCGCGAUCAGUCAUCACGCGUAUCCUCUGUGCAGUUGGAGUCCGUUUGGACAAGAGAACGUCUACUCCAGCAGGAUGGAUGGAUAUUAAGUUCUGCAAGACCAACCUCUUCAUUGAACACAAAGAGUUGGAUGGGAGGUUCCAAUUCAAAUUCACUCAUCCUUUGGCUGGCCCCUCCAAGCUUCUUCUGCCCAACCCUGAGCUCACCACGGUUCUAGGAGGUACAAACAUUGACUUCAGCCCCCACUAUACACAUUAG